GUCAGGCAAGCCCAGGUAACUCAGGAAACAGGUUGCUAAUUAUUCACUAGCUAAAUAGGUAUACUAUUGCAGCUCUGCAGUACUCCACAAAGUCAGGAGGUCGCAACCUGCACAGUAAGUUAUUCAGCGUGGACAAGCUACCUUGCCUUUUUGAUACAUGAAAACUACAAUGGGAGAAAAGGAAUCAAAUUCUGCCAGUGUGUCUCCGCAAGGAAAGAAUUUGUCAUAUCAGAAAUUUGGAGUUGAUGCGAAGACUGUGUCAGAGCUGAAUUAUAUGGAAAGUGAUGAUAUUCCAUCAUCUACAUUAGAUCUAGAAUGGGACAUGGAAACGGAACUGGAGGAACUUGGAUCUGAGCACUUUCCACCUGACAACUAUGCUAAUCAUAAUGUGAACAGUGCAAUAAAUCAGCCACAUAUACCUACCUCCAGUCAACUGUCCACUUCACCCAAGGGCCGUUUUCAGCGCUUAGAAGAGGAACCAGAAUAUUUUUCCCAUUACGCACAUUCAAAACCAAAGACCUCAAAGCUAUUUUUUACAGUUAUAAAAGUAUUUUGCACACUUUUGUUUACAUUUAUUUUUGGAAUUUUAGUAGGAUAUUUUUCAAAAAUUAGCCCUUCCUCAAGUAACUGUUUAUUUUUGAAUGAACUUACAACUUCAAAUGAAAUCCAGGAUAUAAAUGAGAUAUUAAAUGGUAUUACUAAAGAAAACAUUGAAAAUCAUUACAGAUAUUUCACAGAGAUUUCUGUCAAUAAAACAAACUCAGACCCAGUGAAGAAAAUUGCACUUUUGUGGACUUCAAUAGGCUUAAAAGAAAUUCAGUUUGUAAAUUAUUCAGUAUUGCUUGACCUACCAAGCUCUUUUCCAAACACAAUUACUCUGAAGAAUGGUCAGUGCUAUUAUCCAAGUGGACAGGAUUGUGGUAAAGAGAGCAAAAGUGAAGAGUUUUUGUACACAUAUGCUGCCUAUUCUGCCAGUGGAAGUCUUGAGGGUGAAGUCAUUGAUGUGCAAUAUGGGACAAUAGAAGAUUUACAAAGUGUGACCAAAGCAAAACAUAUUUCAAGGAAUUCUAUUGCUUUAUUAAAGCUGGGAGUAUUACCCCUAAUAUACAAGCUUUCUUUGUUAGAAGAUAUUGGGUUUGGAGGAGUUCUUAUUUACCUUGACCCAUGUGAUCUACCAGAGGGGAUAAAUACAAAAGACAAAUCAUUUAUGGUGUCCUUGAAAUAUGACAUAAACCAAUUUAUCACAGAGUCUUCAAAAACAGAUGGCAACUCGUGGGAAAUGAAGCCAAAUGUGACAUCACUGCUGGUACAGCCUGUUACAAUUUCACUUUUGAGAAGACUGUUUUCAUUGACAGAUAGUACAGUGACGGGGAGGUGUCUUCCAAUAAAAGUGCCAAAAACAGAUUCUGUUAACCUUACACUACAUAUCCAAUCCACCCAAGCUUAUAAAAACAUAUCAAAUGCAAUUGCUUUCCUUAGAGGAUCACUACUUCCAGACAGGUACAUUAUUAUUGGUAGCUCUCACUAUACUUUGUUUGAGGAAAACAACAAAACAUGGGCAAGUGGUGCUGCUAUUAUGACCUCAAUCAUCAGCUCCAUAAUAUCAAAAAUGAAGUCUGGCUGGAGGCCACAAAGGACAAUCAUUUUCUGCUCGUGGGGAGGAGCCCCAUUUGGUAACAUUGGCUCUUACAAGUGGGGAAAGGAUUUUAAGGGAAUUCUUACCAGCAAUGCUGUGACAUACAUUGGUCUACCGAACUCCAUCAGUGGCAAUGGCAGCCUCCACUUAGUUUCAUCACCCUCUUUACAACAAUUAGCAACUGAAGUCAUCAAAAAGGUGCAAAUCGGCUGUACUGAGAAGGACAUUUGUCAGAAGUUCAACAUCAGCUCUAUACAGACACAAGGAGAUGCUGAUUUCUUCAUCAACCAACUUGGAAUCCCUACUGUUCAGUUUCUUUUUGAAGAUAGAAAGAACAAGGGCUCAAAUUUACUUUCAGAAGUGUUUUUUACUAACAAGGAAUCUUACCAAAAAGUAGAUCCUUUUUUUCUACGCCAUGAAUACAUUGGCAAGCUAACCGCACAAAUGGCCUUGAGGAUUGCCACUGAACCAGUCUUACCAUUUAAUGCUUUGGACAUAGCAUUAGAGAUUCAAAAACGCAUUGAAGGUGACACUUUAUCUACUGGAUUGAAAGACCUAUCCAACAUUUUAAGAGAAAUUACACAGCUAUUCCAGUCUAAUGAGAUGCGUCCAGCUAAUGAUCCAAAAGAGAGAGAUCCAGUCAGAGUAAGAAUGUUGAAUGAUAUUCUUCAGAAUAUAGAAAAAAACUUCCUCAUUAGUUCCUCACCACCAGGAUUCUCCAGAAACAUUUUGUACAGUCUUGAUGGAACAUCAUCUAAGUUCUCAGUACUCCAAGAAGCACAAGAGUAUUGCAAGAUUACAAAGUCAAAUGAAACACUUCUAACAACAUUGCAAGAGGUGUUGAACUGCAUUAGCUCUGCUCAGUUAUAUCUCAAAGAGAGCCUUUACCUGUUUGAGACGGAAUAAGUUGGAAAAGACUGACAAAUCCCUUUAGUCAGUUGCCACCAUAAUAUUUUGACACUAUGAUUCCAUAAAUGUGAUAUUUAAAAUAAAUAGUAACUGUAUUUUUUUUUAAUUCUCUAUGCAGUGGCAAACAAUAUAUCCCACACGGUUCUUUUGUUUUUUUUAUACAUCACUGCAUACAGCUGGCUGUCAUUUCAUACCGUGUGAUGAAAAAGUGUCCAGAUUUCAUUAAAACUCAGGCUUGUUCUCCUUCCCUGAUGACCUGAGAAACAAUUGUGUAGGUGUUAUAGUUUUAAAGUAAGCCUUACAGUCUGAAAUGACUUUUCUAUUGGUGUCUGUUCUAAGUCAUGCUUUUGAAGAGAUCUGAUAAAGCAAGGGAAAUAUAAAAAUGAUCUAGUUACUUAAAAUUAACUCAUGAUCCACUUUCUGGGUCUAAUUCUGUGUUGUAAUGCAUAUUAAUGAACUUCGACACAACACAUAUAUAUAUAUAUAUGUUUUUUUAAGGCAGUAGAAAUUCAUACUUUCACGGAAAGUUUUACUGACAUACUCUUAUGCUGUCUGUUUAUGAAGGAAUUUAUUUAAAAAAAGGUAGCAUCAGAUGCAAGAUGUUAAAUCAUUACUCUAUAUUCUUUUAUUUUUAGAUCUAGAGAAGAUCAAUAGUGAUAUUGCUAUCAAAACUUAUGCCCCGUACACACAAUCGAAAAUUCCGACAGAAAAAGUCCAAUGUGAGCUUU